CCAGGAGGAACAGACCUCUGCAAAACAAGUGGGAUGCAGGAUAUUCUGUUUUUGCAUUGCCACAAGAAUAAUUAGAUGGCUGUUCUUGUUGGAAUCAUUGCCAUUUUCACAUAUGCUGGCUGCUCCAAUCUAUAUCCCCGGGGCUCCCCUUGUGUCCCUCCAGUUCCCUUAGGUCUCCACUGCACUGCUUGAGCUGUCCUCUCCCGGUUGUACUUUUGCUGUUGUUAUUUUUUCCUUUGUAGUGCCCAUAACGAGCUGGGUGCUGCACAAAUAUGAGGGAAGGCGCAAUCCCCGUUUACACUCCAUUGUGAUGCUCCAGCCUUUGUGCUUUCCUACCACAGUCUCUCCUGUGAGAAACCCCAGCCUACUAGAGACAGAUCUGAACAGAGAGGGGAUUUCAGAGUUCUCCAUAGAACAGAACAGGGAGUUGCAUUAAGCAACAUUUCAGAUACCUGAGAGGCUUUGGUGUUCCUUGGGAAAUGUCACAAGAAAUGGGAAGCCAUGUACAGUCCAAGGAACAUAUAUCUAAUCUCAUGUGUAUCUAUUCUGUAUGGGCAUUUAUACAGCCUCUAUUAUCAUAGUGACUCAGCACCUAUAUAAACAUUCCUCCGGACACCCCCUAACACCUCUGUCCUUUCCUUCCCCACAGGGUGUUAUUGGAUUUAUUUGCUGAGCCUGUCACUCUGUGUCUGGCUGCCAUACACCAAAGGGGUGGUCAUGGUAACAGGUCAAGUCAUAUUACUGAAUCACCCCUUCAUCUGUGGGAAGUGAGGAACAGCCCCACCCUGGAUGCUCAUUGAUUCCUUGAUGCGAAUGAGAUUUCCAUUGGGCAGCAACAGCUGCCAAUCACACCCAGGUGUGACUCAGAAGGGUAUUAAUAGCAACUGUGACAGCAUAGGUGGUAGUCUUGUUGUGGUAGUGGUUGUCUAGGUCUUGAUUCCAGAGUUAGUUUACUGCUAAAGCUCACAAAGAGAGGAAUGGAGUCUCAAGUGCGCCAGAACUUCCAUGCUGAGUGUGAGGCUGCUGUGAACCUCAUGGUGAACCUGGAGUUGUAUGCUAGCUAUGUCUAUCUGUCCCUGUCUUACUACUUUGACCGUGAUGAUGUGGCCCUGAAGCACAUGGCCCAGUUCCUGAAGGAGCAGUCCCAUGAGGAGCAGGAGCAUGCAGAGAAGUUCCUGAAAUACCAGAACAAACGAGGGGGACGCAUUCACCUGCAGGACAUCAAGAGGCUGGAGCAGGAUGAGUGGGGGAACAGCCUGGAGGCCCUGCAAUGUGCCCUGCAGCUGGAGAAGAGGGUGAACCAGGCCCUGCUGGAUCUGCACAAGCUGGCGACUGAGAAGAAUGACCCCCAUCUGUGUGACUUCCUGGAGUCUGACUACCUGGAGGAGCAGGUGAAGACCAUUAAGCAGCUGGGAGACCACCUCACUAACCUGAAGCGCCUGGGAGUCCCCCAGAACGGCAUGGGAGAGUACCUGUUUGACAAGCUCACCCUGGGGGAGAGCAGUUGAACUGAACUCGAGGGAUAUUGCUUAUUUGGUGGCUCAUCUGUAUGUAGAGGAAACAAGAAUUGAGCUAAAUGUGAAUAAAACAUGGCUUUCAGUUGUAA